CUGGCGGCCCGGAUUCGGCCGUGGUUUGGCGCGGGGGAGCGGGCUUGGUUAUUCGAUAACCCCAAAGAUUCUCUUUCGCUGGGACUCACUCAGGGUUUUGAUCUGACCUUUAUCUUAGACGAUCCCAUCGCCCGCGUCCCGCUCCUGCUUUAUCUCUUUCACCGCAUUGAGCAGGCCCUCGAUGGUCAGAAAGCCAUCAUUUUUAUUGAUGAGGGCUGGCGGGCGCUGGAUGAUGAAGCCUUUGAAGCCAGGCUGAGGGACUGGCUCAAAACGAUUCGGAAAAAGAACGGCCUGGUGGGUUUCGGUACGCAGAGCGCAGAAGAUGUGACGGGUACGAGCAUCGGCAAGACGAUUGUUGAACAGUGCCGGACACAGCUUUUCAUGCCGAAUUAUAAGGCUUCCGAGGAGGGUUACUGUGGCGGCUUCGGGCUCACGCCGCAUGAAUUGGAAGUGGUCCGAGGAAUGGGCGAUACCUCGCGCUGCUUCCUGAUUAAACAUGAUGCAACCUCGGUGGUGGCGAGGCUCGACCUGGGCGGAGAGGAUGACAUUAUCUCUAUCCUGUCCGGACGGGAGGAAACCGUUUUGCUGUGUGAUGCUAUUCGCGCCGAAGUCGGGGACGACCCGGCCGUCUGGCUCCCAAUUUUUCAGGAAAGGAGAAAAGCCUUAUGA